AUGUGGCCAAAAGAUGAAUGUAUACCAGUUUUUUUAGACAUUUAUGGUUUAAGGCAUCAAUUACCAAAUCAAAAUGAAUAUAAAUCCCUAUUGGAAGAAAACAAUAAAUUAAAACAUGAAGUUUACAUUUUAAAAGAAGAAAAUUCUAAACUAAGAUAUAUAUCAUCCUCAAACUCAACAAUUUCAUCAAGAUCAAGCGAUGUAUAUCCAGUAGUAUCAAAUGAAAAUAAUGAUAGCGAAUUAGUAAAAAAGGAACCAAUAGAAUAUAAAGAGUCAGAAAUUAAAUUUUAUGAUGAAUUUAUAGAUGUAGAUUUAAAUAAUGAUGCUUCAACAUGCUUUUUAGCACAAACUUUUAAAGAAAAAAGUGAAGAUGAUAAAAUAAUUAAUGUAAUACAUUGUCCUAAACCAGCAAGGGGGAGUUUAAUAAUUGAUGUAAUCCAUGGUAAUUAUUCUAUCACAGUGUGUAAAUUUACACAUUUUACAGAAAUGAAAUCAUUGGAGGCGAUUAGAAAAAUAUUUAUGUAG